GUCUAGAAUAAACCCCCGACAUGCAUUAGCAACAACUAGCCAGCCGGUCAGCCAGCAAGAGCCAGCCAGCCAAUUUUCUCUAUUUUUGAGUCGACCCUUCUUUCCCCUGGAACAUCCAAGCAGUCCAACGGCCUCCCCCGAGAUGUGACAGAAGCCACAAAUCUUCUCCAAUUACUACCUGCCAUUGUAGGAUAGAGCGACUCGCCCGAUGAUUUGCUCGAACAUAUCGGUUAGGAAACAGAUUAUCAGACGUGGAUAUGUCUCAUCUCGAUUUAGGACAUUUUGCGAACGGCUCUGUACACUCCUUGUUGUCAUUGAAGCAGACGGCCUGGCUUGCAUAUAUCCACCGCUGACAGUCAUUAAGCUAUACUCAGUCGGAGCGGAAACCAGUGAAGAGUACUGGUCCGAUCAUCAAGUAAUCAAUCGGAAUAGUUAUCCUCAAGUCGAUCGGAGUCUCCGCGCAUCACAAAUACCAAGAGCAAUGGUAAUCUAUUCUGGGUUGACAGUCCCAAGGGGACACCGGAACCAUCGGAGGAACCGUCGCCGCAGCUGUCACGAAGAUCUUUCAUCCACUCGUACAUCCGUCGGGGUACCCGCUAAGGGCAUUCCUCUUGAAAUGGCUGCGUGCAAAUUAUUGUCGGACGAACUAGCGUCAACUACGAAGGUACUUCUGCUUCCCCAUUCCCAUGUCGUGCUACUGCUAGGGAUUGAAGGUAAAUGUAGCCGCUGAAAGUGCCUUGUGCAUGGCUAGCGUUGGGGAGGGGUACUAUGGGCAUACUUUGUGCUAUUGACAAGACCACUGCAUUGCGGACAUGGCCGGGGGAUAUCACGAGAUUCGGUCAGCCGUCGGGGAGCACGCAAAAGUGACAAAAAAAGGUCGACUGGGAUCACCUGUGAAUAGCAGAAAUGCUUUCAAAUCUAUUCCGCCCAUUGAAUUAUUCGC